GAAAAGUUAUGUUUACAAUGCUUCGAUUAGUUCGAUUUCAAUUCAUUAAAAAUUCAAAGUUGGCAGCGAAAUUGCACAAUUACGUGCGAUUAUCGCAUCUAUUGGAGAGACAGCCUAUAAGAUCUAAUAAAUUUAUUUACUCGUGUUACUCUUUAGAUACAACAAAUAUGUGAGACUGAUACACUCAUAUGCACUAUAGGUAUUCACGGUAUACGCAUGAUGUCAUUAAAUAAACAAUUAAAGUUGGUAACAUUAUAGAAUGAAUAUCUUACACUAAUAUUAACGUCGCAUUUGGAUAUUCAUCACACGAGAUUUGAUAAUACUCGAAAUGUAUUUGAAAUUCGUGCAUAACAACAACUUGAGAUAAUAAACAGCGCCGGAGAUUAUGGCCCAUUUAUAGUUUUCGUCAUAAGCCGUAAUCAUAAUACAAAAUGCCGGAAUUAAACAAAAGUCAGCUAAAGCAAUUUUACAAUUGCCGAAUUCUUCGUCGUGGAAAAAUUCUUACGGAAGAUUUAUGGGUGAGGAAUGGAAGAAUAAUUGAUCCAGAAAAAAUAUUUUACGAUGAAAAAGUUGAACCCAGUUAUAAAGUAAAUUGCUGUGGUGCAAUUAUAUCUCCUGGUUUUAUUGAUAUUCAAAUUAAUGGUGGUUUUGGCAUUGAUUUUUCGUAUAAUACUGAUAAUGUGGAAAAUGGAAUCAACACAGUAGCAAAAGAAUUACUAUCAUACGGAGUUACAUCAUUUUGCCCUACACUAGUAACUUCACCAGUAGAAACUUAUCACAAAGUUCUUCCAAAAAUCAAGAAGCAACAAGGUGGACGACAUGGAGCAGCUGUCUUAGGUGUUCAUGUAGAAGGGCCAUUUAUAAAUCCUUUAAAAAAAGGAGCACACCCAGAGAAGUGUAUAAAAAAAUUUGAAAACGGCUUUCAAUCUGUUCUGGAUGUAUAUGGCUGUCUUGAUAAUAUUUGCUAUGUAACACUAGCUCCAGAAAUUGAUAGAGCAUUGGAAGUUAUAAAAGAAUUAAGAAGGAAAAAUAUAAAAAUUUCUGUUGGUCAUUCAGCUGGAGAUCUUAAAUAUGGAGAACAAGCAGUCAAAAAUGGAGCAACAUUUAUUACACAUUUAUUUAAUGCAAUGCUUCCAUUUCAUCAUCGUGAUCCAGGUCUUGUUGGAUUACUUGCUUCCGAUCAGUUACCAUCAGGAAAACUUGUAUAUUAUGGUAUUAUUGCUGAUGGAGUGCAUACACAUCCAGCUGCUUUACGAAUUGCACAUCGUACUCAUCCAAAAGGUCUUAUAUUAGUUACGGAUGCUAUUUCAGCUCUUGGUCUUGAAGAGGGCAUUCAUCAAUUAGGACUAUUUAAUAUUGAAGUUCGAGGUGGCAAGGCAUAUAUUGCAGGAACUGAUACAUUGUGUGGAAGUAUUGCUGACAUGUCUGAAUGUGUACGAUUUUUUAAAAGAGCCGCAGGUUGCUCAGUAGUAGAAGCCCUUGAAGCAGCAACUCUACAUCCAGCACAAGCCUUAGAAAUAGAAUCUGAUAAGGGGGUCCUUAAUUUUGGAGCAGAGGCCGAUCUUGUAUUUCUAAAUGACGAUUUACAUGUAAUUUCUACGUGGAUCGCUGGUGAAUGCGUAUAUGAAUGUUCAAGGAACAAGAGAAGCUUUACCAGAUAUACUGUACUGUGGACCUCUAUCUAAAUUCACUUUUUCAGGACAGUAGGUACCCGGUGCUGAAUACAUCAUUUAAACAUAUUAAUAAUUCUUUGAAAUAACAUAUGUCAAGUGAUAAUUUAUACGAAUAAGUGAGAAGAAGAAUUAUUCAAUUUAGAUUUAAAAGUAUUAUAAUAUUUUUGUACUUUUCAAUUGUAUUUGAAGUUGUAAAUUUACUGUAUGUGGUUCAUUGCCAUUU